AUGGCAAUCGCUCUCCGUAAUGGAAAAGAGUUAUGUAAAAGGAUAAGUAAUCAAGCAUUAAAUCCUGAGAUUUCAAUUCAAUCUGAUGAGAAAGAAAUUGAAAAAGAUGCUGAACAAGAAAUUGUGGUUGAAGAAUCUGCUAAAAAUUUAAAAGAAAAAUCACAAUCUACCCCCACACCUCCACCACUUUUUCCUCAAUGUUUUCAAAAGCAAAAACUUGAUAAACAAUUCCAAAGAUUUCUUGAGAGGAAAUUGGAAGAGUUUGAGACAGUUGCACUUACUGAAGAGUGCAGUGCUAUAAUCCAUAAUAAGCUUCCACCAAAGCUUAAAGAUCUAGAGAGUUUUUCUAUUCCAUGCACUAUUGGUAGCUUUAAAAUUUCUAAAGCUUUAUGUGAUUUAGGUGCUAGUGUUUCAAUAAUGUCUUUAUCUAUUGCCAAAAAACUUGGAUUUCAAGAAAUACAACCUACUACAGUUACCUUGCAAUUAGCAAACAGAACAAUCAGGCACUCAAUUGGGAUUAUAGAGGAUGUUUUGCUAAAAGUUGGGCAUUUAUGCAUUUCGGUAGACUUCAUUGUGCUCAAGAUUGAAUAUGAUGUUGAAAUUCCUCUUAUUUUGGGAAGACCAUGCUUAGCUACAGCUGGAGCACUUAUUGAUGUGAAGAAUGGUAAAAUAACUUUUAGAGUUGGAGAGGAGGAAGUGGUAUUUAAUUUGUUCAAUGCAACUCAGUAUCCCUAUACAGAUAGUUGCUAUAAAGUGGAUUUAGUCAAUAAGGAUAAAAGUAAGCCUAUUCCACCACCUUCAACAGAAUAG